CACACUCCCGUUGUCCUCCGACACAGAAGAAGAAGACGGAGAAGGACGGCGGUCCAUCUGUCAGCGCGGGGAUACGAAGUGUUCUCCUCCACCGUCACGGACAACCGAAACACUCCCUGCUGACUGGAAGCUUUUUAUUUCACACUUGGGAAGAUUGAAAAGUCCGUACAACUGGAACAGAAGACCCCCGCUGGACGUCCGAGUGCAUCACGGUGCUUCUCCUCCUCUCCUGAAGUGAGCUAACCGAGUCUGUUAGCUUAGCGGGCUAACACACACAGAGCCGUGUAGGACUUUUACCUUCAGGACCGAAGAGACUCAAAGCUGCACCACAACCGAUCCGGGCUUCACUUUACAAACACAGCUGCACGUUUUGGCCUCAGGCGUGGCUUUUGCACGGAAAACUUUGAAGCAAAAAGCACCAGAGACCACCCUCCAGAACAAGGAAGUCUGAAUGAACUUUGCUGCUAGCCUUCUAGCUAGCGCCUAGCCACAUUGAUUCAUUUACCUACGUGCUUCUGCAGCUGAAGGGGGGUCUGUGCAGCAUCUUGAUCAUCUGCGGACACAUCUGGUCGUAAAGUCGAUCAACCUGCAUAUAUCUGCGCUUACGAAGGCAGCGUGGUGGUGCACAGAGCUCCACAGCAGCGUCUCUUAACUUGGAAAGAGUCAAGCGGACGUUUCAGAGAUGAUUCCCGACAAAGCCCCGAAGGAAAACGUCUUCCACGGGUCUGAUGACCUGAAGAAGGAGGCUCACAUCCCCAGCUUUGAGAAAUACAAGGAGCUCUACAUGAAAUCAAUAGAGAAUCCAGAUGAGUUCUGGGGUGACAUCGCCAAAGACUUCUUCUGGAAGACCAAACACACGGGUCAGUUCCUCGACUACAACUUCGACGUGACCAAAGGAGAAAUCUUUGUGAAGUUCAUGGAAGGAGCCUCCACCAACAUCUGCUACAACCUUCUGGACCGCAACGUUCACGAGAAGAAGCUCGGCGAUAAAGUAGCCUUCUUCUGGGAAGGCAACGAGCCCGGCGAUGAGCUGACGGUGACCUACAGAGAGCUGCUGCAGAGGGUUUGUCAGUUUGCCAACGUCCUAAAAUCUCAGGGAGUGAAAAAAGGCGACCGUGUCUCCAUUUAUAUGCCCAUGGUGGUUGAACUGGUGGUCGCCAUGUUGGCCUGCGUCCGCAUCGGAGCUGUUCACUCCAUAGUAUUUGCAGGUUUCUCUGCUGAGUCCUUGUGUGAGAGGAUCAUGGACUCUCAGUGUUCGAUGCUCAUCACUGCAGACGGUUUCUAUCGAGGAGAUAAGCUGAUCAACCUGAAGCUCUUAGCUGACGAUGCACUGCAGAAAUGCAAAGACAAAGGUUUUCCGGUCGAGAGGUGUAUAAUGCUGAAACACUUGUCCAAAGAAGCAGAAGAUAUUCUGGGUUCUCAGUCUCCUCCCGCCAAAAGAUUGUGUCCUGAUCUGCAGCAGGAAAAACAAACAGCGAGAGUAAAGAAAGCGCGUCCUGUUCCGAAGGUUCCGUGGAACCCGGAGGUGGACUUGUGUUGGCAUUCACUACUCCGUGGCGUUUCAGACGAGUGUGAACCGGAGUGGUGCGACUCUGAAGACCCGCUGUUCAUCCUCUACACCAGCGGAUCUACCGGAAAACCAAAGGGCGUCCUCCACACAGUCAGCGGCUACAUGCUCUACGCCGCCACCACCUACAAACUGGUGUUCGACCACCAGUCCGAUGACGUCUACUGGUGCACGGCGGACAUCGGCUGGAUCACCGGACACUCCUACAUCACCUACGGUCCGCUGGGUAACGGAGCGUCCAGCGUCCUGUUCGAGGGCCUCCCCACCUACCCAGACGUGAGCCGGAUGUGGGAAAUCGUGGACAAAUAUCACGUGACAAAGUUCUACACGGCUCCGACCGCCAUCAGGAUGCUGAUGAAGUUCGGCAGCGAACCGGUGCAGAAGUACAAGCGAGAGUCUCUGAAGGUUUUGGGGACAGUCGGGGAACCGAUCAACCCCGAGGCCUGGCAGUGGUACUACAACGUGGUGGGAGAGAAAAGAUGUCCCAUCGUAGACACCUUCUGGCAAACAGAAACUGGAGGACAUGUUUUGACUCCUCUACCUGCAGCCACGCCCAUGAAGCCUGGAUCUGCUACGUUCCCGUUCUUCGGAGUGGUUCCGGCCAUCCUGAACGAGUCUGGAGAGGAGCUGGAGGGACCCAGUGAAGGAUACCUGGUGUUCAAACAGCCGUGGCCUGGCAUCAUGAGGACGGUUUAUGGAAACCACCAGAGGUUUGAAACCACCUACUUCAAGAAGUUUCCUGGAUAUUACGUCACAGGAGACGGUUGCCGUAGAGACAAGGACGGCUACUACUGGAUAACAGGGAGGAUAGACGACAUGCUGAACGUCUCAGGUCACUUGCUGAGCACCGCUGAGGUGGAGUCGGCUCUGGUGGAGCACAGACUGGUCGCUGAAGCUGCCGUGGUCGGCCGACCUCAUCCGGUCAAAGGAGAGAGCCUGUACUGCUUCGUCACUCUGACCGAGGGAGUGACGUACAACGACUCUCUGGAGGCAGAACUCAAAAAACAAGUGAGGGAGAAGAUCGGUGCCAUCGCUACUCCAGACUACAUCCAGAACGCACCAGGACUCCCCAAGACCAGAUCUGGGAAAAUCAUGCGACGGGUUCUUCGUAAAAUCGCCUGCAACGAGCGUGACCUCGGCGACACCUCCACGCUGGCCGACUCGUCGGUGGUGGAGCAGCUCUUCCAGAACAGAUGCUGCACGGCGGUGUGACGUCUCCUUGACGACCGCAGGAAAAACCCACUGCAGCUGCAGGACGGCGGCCGCAGAACUAACCAGGAAGAGGAGGAGGAGGAAUUCCGUGAACUUGCUCUUGUCCAGCAAACAACCUGUAGCUCCUGAUGUAUUUAAAACGACCCAACAUGUGAGAACCCUCAGCAGCAGCUCCAUGUUUCCCUUCUGACGGCUCAGUGGUGAAGCUUCAGGUUGUUUCUGGUUAAAGCUGGGUGGAGGCGACACUUCAGGCGGUUUGCUGCCGGUGUUUCAGCCCCAAACACAGAAAUAUCUGACCUGUCAGUAAAAGUACAGUUUGUACACUGGAAUACGUCCUGCUUCUAACUGCCCGGUAUUAAUAAAACCUUCCUUCUCAGCACCACUACGACGAUUAGGUCAACCUGUUUCUACCAGUUUUACUUUCUGUUUUACUUCAGUUUUACUUUUUAAUUUUUAAGAAAAAACAUGUAGUCAUUUUGUUUUGAUGUAGGAGUCGUCGUUUCUCUCUAUGCUUGUGUGUUUUUAUUUUUUUUAGUCGCACUGAAGAGAUUUUGACGGAAACUAAUGAGAAUUUCAGCCUCAGAGUUCAGACGAAUAUCCUCACAAAACCUGAGAACCUGCUGCAGGUUUGAUGUUGAAAAAGGGACAAAAAUAUGUCAUAAAUACAAGUAAAGAGUCUAAAAUCUACAUUUCACCUUUAAAUCAGACUUUGUUACCUUCAGUGGCUCUAAUUAUGGAAGGCUUGGACUUGAUUUGAAGCGCUUUGGGAGUUUUUCCCUAGUGCUGCUGUCUUUGUUUCUUCAUUAGAGAGCAUUUAAGCUCUUCUGAAUCAAUAAGAAGUUGUAUCAUGUGGUAGUAGAACGCUGCUGUUGCUGUAAUUUGUCCCUGAAAGACCAAACAUCUCGACUGAUUUCUGCUGUAAAAAGAAAACUUUAAAAGGACGGAAGUUUUAAUCAACAAAAUUCAGGCUCUAAUGAUGCAAAACGACUGAAAUCUGCUGUCUGACGAAUCAAAUGGUUGCAAAAAAUGGACCAUCUGCUGCUUUAUUUGCAUAAAUAAAUCACAAAGCUACUAUUUUUAGCGUAGUGCAUCUUUUCUACUGGGAUAUUUUCCACUGAAGUGAUCAAAUAUUCAAGAUUUCUGAAAUAUUGCAGCACUGGAACCACUGAGGGCUAAAACACAAACUUUUUCUAGACGAUCGAAUGUGUUUUUGUCGAGUCGUGAUGUAAAAAAAACUGCUGUUCGCAAAGUUUAAACUCCGUUUUUUAAACAGAACGCAGCCAAAAGGAUGCAGUCUUUGUAGUUUAAUCCUCUUGCAGCGUAAAAUAAUGGAUUAAUCCUGAAAGAAUUUGGUGAAUUGAGAGCAAAUCGACCAAACGAUUGAACCUGCAGCUACAAAUAUUGUCAGAAAUGGAAAAUAGCGUGUCUGUUUCGGCAGUUUUUAUCUGCAUUUUCACUUUUUUAUCCACCUCAGGUCCAAAACCUUUGCUAUCUCCAAUCUUUAAUCCACAUUUUUUGUUUUACAAAGUGAUUCCUGCAGCAGAACAUCAGACUAGAUGUUGUUUUUGGUCACAUUAAUGAAACACGUCAACUGGACUCUCAUAUUUCAGGUUGAAUCAUCAGGAUACAUUCAGUGUUUCUUGGUCUUUUCGUUGGAGAGUCAAAACAAAGCAGCACCAGGUUUAAAUUCUGGAUCUUCAGAGCAAAUCUGUGCUUAAAAAAUCCACAUUUUUUCCUGUAAAAGUCUCGAACAUCAUAAAUCUGAGUGACUGAAUUUGAGAAAAAGAUCUCCCACCGUCUGAUUGGAGGCUUGAAAGUUUCUGUUUCCUGAUUUGAUGACUUAGAAGCAGGACCUCGUUUAGAUCGCAGCUUUCAUUUCUUCUCUUGUUUUUUUUAAUGUUUAUUUUGCAUCUGGAUGUGCCAACCUUUGGAGGUUUGUAAAGCUAAUUAUUGUAUCUAAUGUUUCAAACAGUGCAGCUGCUUCAUGUGAUUCAGUUUCUGUCUAUAAAUAACGGGUGAAGGAAAGAGAAAUUUUGCUGUUUUUUUUUUUUUGGUUUCUAUUCAAUUUGUGUCGUUUUUAUUUCUCAGUGUCAUAGUGAAUGAAAUGACAGUAAAUGGACACGACUACUGCCUCAACCUCCGUCACCGGCUCAUCUUUUAUAAAUAUUUUGAUCCCUAAAGAACAAAAUCACUCCAGGAACCUGCUGCUGUGUUAAAGUUACUGUUGGCUUUUAUGGAAUUCAAACAUUUUUAUACCAAAAUGUCUUCAUUUGAUGAAGACAGUAAUCAGAGGCCUGGUCUGGAUUUUAAUCUGAAAGAUCUGCAGUUUACUUCCUGUUUAGAGUGGAGAUAUGUAUUAAUCACAUUGUUGUGUUUGGGGUUUUCUUAUUGUUUUCAUCAGAUCUGUGUUGAAUUGGUGAUCAAUGUUGCACAAAAACUGCAGCAGAGAGACACCUUAACCCCAUAAGACCCAAAUGUAUAAAAAAAACAAAACAAUAAAAAACAUCUAAAUAAUAAUAUGUUAAUUUGAAUAUAGAAGAAAAUGAGUAAAAGAAGAAAAAUUAAAGCUGUAAGCAGUGUUGAA